CCGUUUGAAGAAGUUCCUGGGAACUUCCUGUCUGUUAAUCCACUUGUUGAGGUGCACCGUCCAAAGCUAAAUGCCCGUUAAAACUCGGAUAAUGGCGGAGGCGGACAGAUGAACGGUGGUAGUUGGUGACUUUUAUCGGUUAGCUCACGGUUUAGCAUCAUGUCCGGUUUGAGAACGGCCGGUGUCAUCGGCGCCUCCGUUGCGGUCGCGGGUGGACUCGCCUUCGUGAUCUGGAAAUACGCGUCUGUUGUCUCCGGGGAGAAGGAGCCAGAUGCGGAAAAGAAAACUGAACCCUGUAGAGAAGAAAAAGAAGGGACAGAAGACGGGAAAACUGAGGAGGACGUAGCCGAAGAGGCGGUGGUUGUGUCCGCAGUGGAGCCUGUUGUCACCGCGGAGCCACAGAAAGUACCGGAGGAAAAAACGACCAGGACUGAGGAGUCACGUGGGACUCAGGUGCUGGUUCUGGGUCUGGACGGAGCCGGUAAGUCCAGUCUGCUGCACCACUUCUCCUUCAGCAGCACUGAACAGGAAGUGAAGCCAACGCAGGGCCUUCAUGCCAUCUCCAUCAACAGAGAGGACCUGAACAUCGAGUUCCUAGAAAUCGGAGGUAAAGAGGAGCUGCGCCCCUAUUGGCAGAAGUACAUAUCCAAAGCUCUGCUGCUGGUUUAUGUGGUCGACUCGUCCGACCCAGAGCGUUUCCCCCUCGCCAAGACACACUUACAUGAGCUGCUGACCUCUAACCCCGACCUUCCAUUGAUGGUUCUGGCCAACAAACAGGACCUUCCCGGCGCCUGCAGCAUCACUGACCUGCAUGACGCUCUGUCGCUGUCUGACGCUGGAGAUCGAAAGCUGUUCAUCAUCGGUACCCACGUCAACAAGAACAGGGUGGAGCCGAGCCCCGGUGUCGAGGACGCUAGAGAGAUGAUCAUCCAGAUCGUCUCUGAGGGAAGAUAAAACCACUAUCAUGGCCUUUAUCAUGGCUUUUGCCUGUUAGUGCUUGAUAAAAUUA